AUGCGCUUCCUAACCACUCUCCGCCCAACAACCCGUAUCGCCCCGCGCAUCCCCAUCCGUCCCUUCCACGCCGCCCGCAUCCUGCAUCAAGACCAAGCCAAAGACAGCAACGGUAGUUUCAUCGACGGUCUCGCAGAGGGCGAAGCCAAGGGGCGCACAGGCGGCGGCGAACCCCUCGACGCUACUUCUAAGAAUGCACCUCCUCAGCCUAAAGUGUCGAACCAGAGUAUCCCAGGGAACCAGACUGAUGAGUUGACGGAGGAGCAGAAGAAGGAGGUUGAGGAACACAAUAAGGACUUUGAUAAUAGGCAUGAUCGUGGGAAUGUUGCGCCGGGGGAUAAGGUUGAUAAGAAGUUCUGGGGGGAUGGUAGACAUGGGGAGAAGGAUAAUAAGGAUGCGACGCCAAAGGAGGAUAAGUGA